CUGCGCAGGCGCAGGCCCCAGGAGCCGCGUCGCAGCGGAACUGCUGAGAUUCAGGCCGAGGGUGCGCGCUCAGACGCGGCGGGAGCACCAGGCAAGCGGCGGCUCCUACCUCCCACGCCCCUCCAGGUGCACUCGGCGCCGCCCCCCUGCACCUGGCCGCGUUGCCCAGGCACUCAGGCCUGUGUCAGAAAAAGAGGGAGGGAGCUGCCCUGGAAAGCGGAAACGUAAGCCCCCCUGCGGAUCCUCAGACAGCUCUGGGGAGGGGUCCCGGGGGAAGGUCACUGCAUCCAGCGGGCCAGCAGGCAGCUAGGGCCCCCGAGCCCCAAGCCCCACUCCAGCCUUGCCACAUUCGCAGGAACCGGGACACUAAGCGCUGCGGGUGGCUUUCCAGGGUGGCAUUGACGCCGUGCGCUGCAGCCCACCCCAUCUCAGGCUCCCUCCUGCCCCAAGAUCAGCGCCCAGGGGGCGGCACCAUGGCCAUGAGCCUUCUGCAAGACUGGUGCCGGGGCCUGGACGUGGACGCGCACAGGGCCCUGCUGGUCACCGGCAUCCCGGAGGGCCUGGAGCAGGAGCACGUCGAAGCCGCCCUGCAGCCCUCCCUCCUGCCCCUGGGCACGUUCAGGCUGCGACACAUGAAGGCCUUGACGAACGAGAAGGCCCAGGCCGCCCUGGUGGAGUUUGUGGAGGACGUCAAUCACGCUGCCAUUCCCAAGGAGAUCCCCGGCAAGGAUGGGGUCUGGAGGGUUCUGUGGAAGGACUGUGCGCAGGACACGAGGGUCCUCAGGCAGAUGAGACGCCUGCUGCUGGAUGACGGGCCCACUCAGGCCGCAGUGGCUGUGACCCCGGGGGAGGCGCCCACCCUUCCCGCUUCGGAGAUCCAGGCCCAGGAUUCUGGGGAGGGGACAGGGCAGGCUGGCUCGCCUCUUGGGGCAGCCAAGAACGCAAGGAGAGGCCGGCGGGGUCGCAGAAACAGAACCAGACGCAACAGGUUGACUCAGAAGGGCAAGAAGAGAAGCCGAGGAGGGCGACCAUCCGCUUCCGCAAGGAGUGAGGCCGAGGACUCUUCCGAUGAGAGCCUGGGCAUCGUGAUCGAGGAGAUCGACAAGGGCGACCUGAGCGGAGACGAGGACCAGAGCGCGCUCUACGCCACGCUCCAGGCGGCCGCCAGGGAGCUGGUUAGGCAGUGGGCGCCCUGCAGCUCCGCGGGGGAAGAAGACGGUCCCCGCGAGUUUUUGGCUCUGGUCACUGUCACCGAUAAAGCCAAGAAAGAAGAGGCAGAGAAGGAGCCAGCUGGGGCCGAAUCCAUCCCCUUGAACACCAAAGAAGGCAAAAACUGCGUCCCAGACUUAGUGGCCCUGCUGGCUGUGAGGGACACCCCGGAGGAGGAGCCAGUGGACAGCGACGCUUCGGAGAGCGACUCGCAGGAAAGUGAGGACCAAGAAGCAGAGGGGUUGGACAAUCCUGAGUUCGUGGCCAUUGUGGCCUAUACCGACCCGUCGGACCCCUGGGCCCGGGAGGAGAUGUUGAAAAUCGCUUCUGUGAUCGAGUCGCUGGGCUGGAGCGACGAGAAAGACAAGCAAGACGCGCUCCAACAGGUCCUGUCCGUCAUGUCCAAGGACACUUGCGGGACCCGCGUGAAGGUGGAGGAGGCGGGCCGCGAGGUGGACGCCGUGGUCCUGCGCAAGGCCGGCGACGGCGGGGACCUCCGAGAGUGCAUUUCCACCUUGGCGCAGCUGGAUCUCCCUCCCCAGGUGAAGAAGGCUGGGCGUGGCCUCUUCGGGGGCUGGGGCGAGGACGGUGAGGAUGAGGGGGGCCUUCUGGAGCUGGUGGCGCUCCUGGCUGCGCAGGAUAUGGCGGAGGUGAUGAAGGAGGAAAAAGAGAACGCCUGGGAAGGCGGGAAGUACAAAUACCCCAAAGGCAAACUUGGGGAGGUAUUGGCGCUCCUGGCCGCCCGGGAGAACCUGGGGUCCAACGAGGGGUCGUUGGAGGCUUCGGACGAACAGUCCGAGGAGGAGUCGGAGGACACGGAGAGCGAGGCGUCGGAGCCCGAGGACAGGGCAUCCACGAAGCCCCGGGCCAAGAGGGCACGCACGGCCCCCCGGGGCCUGACUCCGGCCGGCGCGCCCCCCACCGCGUCCGGGGCCCGCAAAACGCGAGCGGGCGGCAGAGGCCGAGGCCGGGGCGUCAGUCCCGAGAAGAAAGCCGGGAGCCGGGGCUCGGCUCUGGACGACGCCGCGGGAAGCAGGAAGAAAAAGGGGAGCGCGGGCGCCGGUGCCCACGUCAAGGCCGGCGAGUCCAAGGGCCAGGCUUCCACUGGCUCCAAGGCCGCGCGCGGGAAGAAGGCCCGUCGGGGCCGUAGGCUGCCCCCCAAAUGCCGCUAGCGGCCCCCCAGGCUGUGAGCCGGCCCCGCAGG